GGUAGGGGAGGGCGAAGUUUCACUCUGCAUAGCUGCCCGAGCACUGGCUGCUGCCGGGAACACAACAAUGGCGACUCCCAGUCCGAACAGCAACUCCACAGGCUCCGGCAACAUUCUGGGGGCCACGUCGCACCACCUUCACCAACAGACCCAGAGCAGCAGCAUGCAAGAAACCAACACCUGCUGGAGAUGUCAGAAUGAAACAGGGUUUCAGAUAAGCCUGUCUGGAGUGCCCCAAAGUAAACGUAAAGCUCUGAAGCUAAAUUUCGCCAACCCUCCGGUGAAACCCACCGCCAGGCUCCCGCUUCAGCCCACGGCUCCUUCCUUCCAGAAUCCUCACAUAGAGCGCCUGCGGACACACAGCAUCGAGUCGUCCGGGAAGCUCAAGAUCUCCCCAGAGCAGCACUGCGACUUUACCGCAGAGGACCUGAGGGACCUCGGGGAGAUCGGCCGCGGGGCGUACGGCUCCGUCAACAAGAUGGUCCAUAAACCGACGGGCCAGAUUAUGGCUGUCAAGAGGAUCCGCUCCACUGUGGACGAGAAGGAGCAGAAGCAGCUGCUGAUGGAUCUCGACGUGGUGAUGAGGAGUAGUGACUGUGUCUACAUCGUCCAGUUCUACGGCGCCCUCUUCAGAGAGGGCGACUGUUGGAUUUGUAUGGAGCUUAUGUCUACCUCAUUAGACAAAUUCUACAAAUAUGUAUAUUGCGUAUUAGAUGACGUCAUUCCAGAGGAAAUAUUAGGCAAAAUAACAUUAGCUACCGUUAAAGCACUGAAUCACUUAAAAGAAAACUUGAAAAUAAUCCACAGAGACAUCAAACCUUCCAACAUUCUAAUGGACAGAAGGGGAAAUAUCAAACUAUGUGACUUCGGCAUCAGCGGCCAGCUGGUGGACUCCAUAGCCAAGACUAGAGAUGCGGGCUGCAGGCCUUACAUGGCACCUGAAAGGAUAGACCCCAGUGCUUCCAGGCAGGGCUACGAUGUCCGAUCUGACGUUUGGAGCUUGGGAAUCACUCUGUAUGAGUUAGCCACAGGAAGAUUUCCUUACCCCAAGUGGAAUAGUGUUUUUGAUCAGCUGACACAAGUGGUGAAAGGAGAGCCUCCGCAGCUCAGCAACUCAGAGGAGAGGCAGUUCUCCCCCAAGUUCACCAACUUUGUUAAUCUAUGCCUUACAAAAGAUGAAUCAAAGAGGCCAAAGUACAAGGAGCUUCUGAAACACCCGUUUAUCCUGAUCUACGAGGAGCGCUUUGUGGAUGUCGCCAGCUACGUGUGCCGCAUCCUGGAUCAGAUCCCCGCCUCGCCCAUCUCUCCUAUGUACGUUGACUGAUGCCAAGAGCCGUGUGCCGGGUGGGGUCCCUUAACACGCAGCGGGCGGUUCCCUAAGCUUUGUGAUGCAACGCUAGUCGUCUUAGCCUUCAGUUACGUAGGAUCACCUGUUUGUUCACAUUUUCCAAAGAACAAAGGAAUUAAAUCAAGCUUUCCAGUGCAAUGCAGAUGAAUAUCAAACAAAAGAAACCUUUCCCGCUUGUUUUAGGAUUCUGAAAUGUUAUCUUCCAUCUUACAGCAGAAAAACUUGAAGCAGUAUCUUUGUCUUAGUAAGGCGCAAUGCAUCUUUUAUAUGACACAAAGAAUAGAGUAUACAUACAUGGAACAUAUAUAUAUAUAUUUGAACUUGUUCACAAAAAUCUACCAAAUUAAUUUGUGUGGAGUUUAUGAUGUAUGAACAAAAUAGCAACCUAAUGGAUUGUACAUUGUAUGCAUAUUUGUCUUUGCUUCUAAAAUGAUGACUUGUAUAGAUAAAUCCUGAUAGACCUACUUUCUAAAAUCAUACACACUUUCACACGUUUUUGCUGUGAGUACGGUGACACAGUAAAUGGACGGGUCUGCAAAAGUUUUUCUUUUUUUCUGAAAGCUUAUGGUAGCAUGGCUUUACUGUUUUGUUGUUGUUGUUUUUUUUUUGUUUUUUUUCAUAUUUGCAAUGUGCAAUCCCUGACAGCUUCUCUUAUUACAUCAUUUGGAAAGUUUUAACUUCUUACACCUACUGCAGUGCUGGCCUCAGUAUGAGCUUUGUCCUUUUUUGACUCGCAUAACUAGGUUUCCCCUUUCCAGAAGAUAAUUUUCAGUGAACAGUUCUCUAUUAAUGCUAACCACUCAAAACCAGUCGUUCACAGUGAGCCAAGCUGAGACACCAAAAACAACAUUGGUAUACAAGAAACAAACCAAAAACAGGGGAAAUUCCCUUGAGAAAGACUUGCAUGUAAGAUGAAUUGAACCAAUGUUGAAAUUCUGAGCCGUCUACGAUGUUAAUCCAGUCAUCCCAACGUGUUGGUAAAUGCUAUUUUUGCGUGAACCCCAAACUAAAAGUUGAUGCAAGAUUAGAAUUGUAGAUUUGUUACAUGUAACACAG